GAAAGAAAAAUAUCUACAUUUACCAUUUUCGAUAUUUUCACAAUGCCACUGUCAAUUUUCAGAAUGCUUUGAUCGCCUCUACGAAUUAUAUGUGUUUCUUGUCAAAAUUGACAACUAAACUUUUCUGGUUUCCAUUUUUCCUGCUUCGAAAUAUCGUUUCCACUAGUUUUUUUUAGUUUGUAAUCCGCGGGGAAGUUACAAGAAUCGGUGGCGCCAUGAAAUUGGGAUUGAAAUCAAGGUCGCAGCGGGUGAUUCAGGACUGCUCAAUUGUGAUGGGGUCUAGAAAAAGGGGGGAAAAUGAUUACUGUUGUGUUGAUGAUGAAAAUUUGAGCGAAAAUUAUUGCAGUUGGUCAGAUUUGCCUCCAGAGCUGUUAAGGGAAGUUUUGAUUAAAAUAGAGGAGUCUGAAUCCAAAUGGCCUUUGAGAAAACACGUGGUGGCAUUUGCUGGUGUGUGUAAAAGCUGGAGGGAACUCACGAUGGAGGUUGUGAGAAUUCCGGAGUUUUCUGGGGAAUUCACUUUUCCCAUAUCAGUUAAGCAGCCUGGCCCAAGAGAGUCUCUCCUUCAGUGUUUUAUAAAACGGAACCCGUCCACACAGACGUAUUAUCUUAACCAGAGUUUAACUCGAGCACUGCGUGACAAUGGGAAGUUUCUUCUUGCAGCUCGUAAGUGUCGGAGACCAACCUGCACGGACUACAUCAUUUCUCUAUGUGCUGAUGACAUGUCUAAGGGAAGCGGCAAUUACAUAGGAAAACUAAGAUCAAAUUUCCUGGGAACCAAGUUUGUUGUAUAUGAUGCUUUGCCUCCUGCCGGAGCCAAAAUGGUGAAAAGUAAUUCCACUCGAACAGGUGGCACUGCCCAAGUUUCUGCUGGCAACCAUCCAGUAGCUCACAUAUCGUACGAGUUGAAUGCGCUCGGAGCCAGGGGUCCAAGAAGAAUGCAGUGCGUUAUGGAUGCAAUCCCAGCUUCUGCCAUCAAACCUGGAGGUGUGGCUCCGACUCAGAUUAAUUUUCCAAUCAGCAGCGCUGAAUCCUUUCCAGUAAUUCCAUUUUUUCGGACCAAAUCAAGCCACUCGGAUAAAACUCUAUCUGGACCAUUGGAUUGCCAAAGAGAUGGAUCACUUGUUUUGGGUAAUAAGGCUCCAGCAUGGCAUGAACAUCUCCAAUGCUGGUGUUUGAACUUUCAUGGACGGGUAACUCUGGCGUCGGUUAAAAACUUUCAGCUGGUGGUUUCUCCGGAGAAUGGCCAGGCCGGGCCAGAACAUGAGAAAGUCAUCCUUCAAUUUGGAAAAGUCGGGAAAGAUGUGUAUACAAUGGAUUACAGCUAUCCAUUAUCAGCUUUCCAGGCAUUCGCCAUUUGUCUUAGCAGCUUUGAUACUAAAAUUGCUUGCGAAUGAUGUGAAUCAGGAUUUUGUAUUAUAAUUAUGUUGGUAUCAUAUGUUAACAAUCGAGUUGAUUUCAAUUCACAUCCUUAGAAGUUGUAUGAAUUUAUUUGUAAUUUGCUAAACAACUAAGGUUUCUUUUUAAUUUACUGUCUUUUUGUUGUUUGUACUGUCUUUGGACAUCAAGCAUGUUUGGCUCAGCUUAAGAAAAAAAUUAAGUUUUUUCCCGAGUCCAAACAUACAUGAAUACAAUACUUUUUUGUUACUUCUAA